AUGAAAAGCUCGAGCUUCAGUCUUCUUGGACUGGCGUCCUUGGUCUCGGCCUACGCCGAGCAACCUUACUAUGCAAAUUUGACAUGGGAGGCUCCUCGGACCUUGUCAAAUUGGUCCAACCUUACGGUUGAAACCCAGACAGGAACUUUCAUCGGAAUGCUGAACGAUACUUACCCCAACGUUCGGCAAUUCCUCCGUGUCCCUUAUGCCAAGCCUCCAAUUGGGGACCUUCGCUGGAUGCCGCCUCAGAAACCAGGAAAGUCCAACAAAACGAUUGACUCAACUUUUUACGGACCAGCUUGCCCGCAGUAUGUCCCCGACACAUGGAGCUUCUGGAAUGCAUACGAGCCGCCUAACCUUCUCGUCAACGUCGGCGAAAAGCUUGACCAGGGCUCAACCGCCUGGUCUUCUGCUGAAGAUUGCCUAUCGAUGGCAGUAUGGACUCCUGCAUAUGCUAAUAAAACCUCCAAGCUCCCUGUGUCCUUGUUUGUUACUGGUGGAGGUGGUAUCACUGGAGCGAUUCAGAUUCCUUCUCAGCUACCAGCUCACUGGGUAUCGCGAUCUCAGGAACAUAUCACAAUCACUAUCAACUAUCGAGCGAAUAUUUUUGGAAACCCAAAGUCGAGGGCGCUGGAGGACACGUCUCUCACUCUCCUAGAUGUGAGAGCUGCGGUAGAAUGGGCCUACGAACAUAUUGAAGCAUUCGGAGGAGACAAGGAUAACAUCAUGCUUUGGGGUCAAUCUCAAGGUGGCAUUCUCACACAUUUGUAUACACUUGCCUGGCCUGAGAAUCCUCUUGUCGCGAAGUUUGGUGUGAUUUCACAAGGUGCUUCAGCCACAUUAAAUCUUUCAACAGUCGACGACGUCUAUCAGGAUUUCGAUAUUGUUGCGAAGGGUCUCGGCUGCAACUAUGGUGACGACGCAAAGGCUGAGCUGGAGUGCAUGCGCCAGAUCUCCUGGGUCCAGAUUGAAGAGUAUAUCAAUCGCUACAACUCCACCCCUGCCAUCGCUUUCACGAACUACAUGCCUGACGAAAAAUACAUCUUCUCGGAUGAAGCUGCUCGAUAUGCUAAAGGAAAGGUUGCACGAGGUCCAGCGAUCCGAUCUGACACUGCUAGAGAGUUCCCAAGCACCAAUACCACCGCAGUCAAUGAAGAACAGAAGACGGCAGACUGCUUAGCUCUGUCGGAUUCCAAAAUGCGUCAAUCCAUUGGCCUUGAGACUCACCGGUACUACUGGGCUGGAAACUUUACCAACAUCAGUCCCGUACCCUGGCUCGGUGCGUUCCACUGGACGGAUCUAUUUAUGAUUUUUGGUACCUACAUGUUGGAUGUCGGUAAUGUCAGCCAACUUGAGGUCGACACUUCGGAGACUAUGCAGGAUAUUUUCCUGGACUUCCUGAAAAACACUUCGACAUUCAGUAAGGCUGCAAACUGGCCAGCUUUCAACGCGAGCAAACCCAACGGAGGUGAUAUCAUGGAAUUCGGAAACGGCACUACAAAGAAGAUCGUUGCCGGGGACUGGAUUGAUGCAGGUUGCUAUAACUCCUCAAUUCCAUUCAGAAUUGAUGGAUGA